UUAGAUCGCCACAGUGCGAAACACGGUAAAGAACGGUGCAAUAAAAAAUCGCUAAAAACGAAAACAAAAGAGUGAAAAUCCUUUGCUUUCAAAUAAAUCUGUAGUGAAUGGCCGAAGUGCGCCAAAGAGGCCUAAUUGCAGUUGUAAAUAUUUGUUACAUCUAAGGCUUAAAAGUGAAAACCAAAGAGUGGCACAAGUGCAUGAAGUGGCUAACGCUAUUUUUAAAACAGAAAUCUAGGAUUUUCAAAACAAAAAAAAAAAAAUAAAUUAAUAAUAUUAAAUAAUUAAUCUAAAUUUAAUAUAUUAAAUUAAAAAUUACAAUCAGUUUUUAAAAAAUCUAACAACGUAAAAUUUUUCAAAAUGAGCGGCGUUCUGCGACGUGGUUCAUUGAAUUUCGAUUGUAAUUUGAAUGGUCGAAAUUCGCGUGGUAGUAUUGAUACGAAUUUAUAUGGCGGCUAUCGUGAUACUAAGCCACGUACGCCGGAAAUCAGUGUGAUCGCUUUAGAUUUUCGUCGUUACUCGGAGGAUUUGAAAAAGGACUCACUAAAAACGAUUGUAAAUGAAUGCGUGCCGCCAGCUAAUGGAGACUUAAGUCAAGAUGUCGAUAGCGAUGUUAUUUCAAAUUUUGUUGGUCAUCAUGGCAGGUGGCAAUUUAUUUGGACAUUUUUGCUCACACUCUUUCAAAUACCACCCACAUUUCAUUUGUUCGUAUACACUUUUCAGACCACCACCAAGGACUUCUGGUGCGCGCGCCCAGACAAUGCCCCCGAUAUGGAUGUGUCGCUAUGGAAGAAUCUCAGUCAACCAAGCGGUCCGUGUUCAAUACUUAAUCUGAAUUAUUCUCAGCUACCUGAACUUUCAACGACCGCUGCGCCUACUGUACUCAUUCCAUGCACCAACUUCGAGUUCUCCUGGGAUGAUGGCAGUGCUCGCACCAUAAUUCAGGAAUUCAACUUGGUGUGCAGUCGCCAGCAGUUAGUUAGUGUUGUGGAAAUGUGCUUCUUAGCUGGAGCAGCGGUGGGUAGUGUUUCGAGCGGUUGGAUUUCAGAUCGUUUCGGACGCAAACAUACUCUGAUGGCGUUCGUGUUGGUGCAACUGGUUUCUGGUACUUUACAAGCUUACGCGAUCAAUUUGGCCAUGUACAUGACGCUGCGUGUUUUAACUGGGUUUGCGUCGAUGACAGUGACGGUAGUUAGUUUUGUGCUCGUCGUCGAAUUAGUUUCUGGCAAAUGGCGUACCAUCACGGGCAUUUUAAACAUUCUACCAGUUCCGAUUUCCUACAUCCUAAUGGCUUGUAUAGCGUAUUUUGUUCGAGAUUGGCGACAUUUACAAUUGGCCAUUUCACUGCCAUGGCUGAGCUUAUUGACGAUUUGGUACUGCAUGCCAGAAUCACCCCGCUGGUUGCUCGCACAAGGCUGCCUCAAUGAACUGUAUUCACUGAUCGAACGUGCUGCCCGCCUAAAUAAUCGCACACUGCCACCGAACUAUCAGAAAACAUUGGAAGCUGCUGCACCGCCGCCAAGCAGCGUAACAACACAAAAGCUCAGCAAAGAAGGAACUAUUGACAAAGAACAGCUUGGCAUCACACAAUUGCAGCAACAGCAACACCAAACACCAACCGCCUUUAUGGCGUCCCCAGAAGGUGGUCUCAGCAACAUUUGCCCGAUUGAUCCUAGCGCUACCGAGGCUAAUCCCACCACUCAUGACAAUCCAUUGAAGGUGGUAUUUAAUCGAUUUUAUUGGCGCACAACUUGUCUGAAUUUGGUUGUUUGGUUGACUUUGAUUAUCGUCUAUUAUGGACUAACAUUGCAUUUGAGCAAUUUGGGCGGUGACAUCUACUUGAAUACGAUCGUCGCCGGUGCAAUAGAAGCGCUUUCAGUUUGUAUUAGCAUUUUUGUGGUUUUGAAAGUGGGCUUACGGCGCAGUCUCAUAGCUUAUAUGCUUGUGCCAGGGCUUUGUUGCUUAGCUACAAAUCUCGUGCCAACCAGAGAUGACAACCAAACGACAGUUAUAGCUAUGGCCAUAAUCGCGAAAUGCGUUAUUGGCGCCAACAAUGCCAUCAUACCAUCAUACACGGCCAUGCAGUAUCCGACAGUGGUGCGUAACUUUGGUGUUGGUUUGGGCAAUUUGGCAGCGGGUGUUGCGCUCAUUUUGGUACCGUACAUGUGGCUGUUGGAAAGCAUAGACGCACUGCUGCCAAUGAGUAUAAUGGGUGUGAGUGGUAUUAUUGGUGCUAUUUGCUUGUACCUAAUGAAGGAUGUGGAACAUUGAGGGAGCGUUAGCGCUGGCAUAAGUGGGCAACAACAAAGCAACUAAAAAAUAAUAAUUUAAAAUAUUGACAAACGUUUCGACGCUGUUUUAACUGUGAUAAUCGUAUUUGGAGUAGUUGGCAAACGCGAAGAAAUUGCGGAGUUUUGUUGAAGAAGAAUGAGAAAUAAGUGUCUUAGUUUAAGUGAAAAUAUGAAAAUUUAAUCAGGAGCAAAGUAUUUUUUAAUUGAACAAAACAAAACUUUCAUUACAAUACGAGUUUUUUUGCGAUAUUUUGUAAAGGAUUUUUCUUACAAAAUACGAUUCAUAAACGUUCAUGUUUCUGUUUACACUGCACACUGAUCCCAAAUUUAAAAUUUUUUACAAAAAUUUAAAAAUUGAUUGUGCAUAUGGUUGGAUGGUUGGCCAAAAAAUAUUUAAUAAUGAAUAGAAAUAUGAUAUUUAAUUUUUUUUCCUGCCUAUUAUUGCAAAAGCGUAUUUUCACCUUUAGAAAUAAUCCUGAAUUAAUUUAAAAAUUUAAUGAGCGGCAAUCAUGUGUCCGAUCUUCCUAGAAAAUAAUAGUACGAGACGCAAAAAAAUGUCGAUUAAAUAUUAUGUUUUAUAUAAAAAGAGCUUUUGAAGCUGCCAAAACACAAUCACACAAAAGGAGCAUACUGACAAAGUGGUCGAAAUACAAAUAUCAUUUAAAAAAUAUAAAAAUAAAAUAAAAAGCCUUUAUUUGUUAAUAUAA